AUGCACGUUGCUUGGAGCCGGGGAGCUUUAUCAAAGCUGCUUAAGAAUGUCAUUGGCCUGAAACAUGCUCCUAAGAUUCUGAAUGACAUUAACGAUGAGGUAUUAAGCCUCCGGAUCCUCGCGAGCGAAGUGGAUGAGCUUCUCAGAGCCGCAAAUCAGCAGGCCAGAGGACAUCCUAUUCAGAGUCUCACCCACAAUCUUGAACGAGUCAAAUCCAUCGCAUUAGAGCUGGAGAGCUAUAUCGCUUAUGAAUUGACGAAGACACCAACUAACGAAGCGAAUGCUCGCGUGGACAAAUCGGUCUUCUUGCGAGCUGAAAGCCACUUACAGAGGUUCAAAUAUGAUAUUUGCAGCAGCAGAAUGGCUUUGGGAUCAGCACUAAGUUUGUUCACCGCUUCCAUUAUACUCCAAAUUCACAAGCACAUUAGAGAGAACCCCUGCCAGUUGGAAGUAUCACAGGACAACUCCGCCAUCGAAUUUGCACCAAACCUUCUUGUCAGGAGGAUUCCGCAAUCAGGAAGACAUUUUUCAAAGCCUCUCCAGACAGUGCCAGAGACAUCUCUUGCUCGCGAACAAAGAUCCUCACUGAAGCUCGAAACCGUAUGUGAGGAGCAAUUGAAUUCAAUACAGAAAGUUGAGAGGUUGGAAGCAUGGGAACCGGGGUUUCAAGUGCAAGCUCCAAAAGCUCCUGUACCUGAUGUCUUUGACGAUCGUGCCGGAAAACUCCAGCUAUUGAGGAAACCUUCCAAUUUCAACUGUCUUUGCAGCAACCAGCAUUAUUAUCAAAGGAGUCCGGACAACUUCUCUGCCAUGCUGGGACUAUUCUCCCUUAGCUACCGGGUGUUCCCUUCAAAGAAGCAACCACUUCAACAUAUGCAGUGUCAGGCGUGCUCGAAUAACAUCACCAUGACGUACAUCUUUCCCCGCUGGCUUCUUGCACGAUCAGUCUUAGUAACGUAUUCAUGUAGCAUGGCGAGAGCACCCGAAUUACUUCUUAGAGUCAUGAGAGUUAGAGACUUCCAACCUAUUACUGACGUUUUCUUGAUUUUGCUAGAAGGGAGAAGCGAACGGCAAGUAACGGAGGGGCUGAAGAAUAUGCUCGACAAUGGGGAAGCAUCCGUCCUUGACGUAAAUUCCGAAGGUUCCACAAUUCUUCAUACUGCGGUAGACUUGAGCUUGUGGCACAUGGCUUUGAUGCUCAUAUCGUACGGUGCGGAUAUCAACUAUUUCAAUUCAGAAGAUCCAUACCCUAGUUCGCCUUUUGUCGAGGCCUGGUAUACCAGAUGGCACGCCGCUGACAUGCCUGGAGAUCUUAGAGAAAAAUGGGAGGAGAUAUUUUGGCAAAAUAAUUCGCACCUUGAUGACCUUGGGCUCUCUGAUUUGCACAAGGCCUAUCUAGGCUUUGGCGGGUACAUGUUCGACGCGCAGCCGGGGGAAACGGUACUGCAUUGGGCUGUCCAAAAGUCAGAUCUUGACGCGGUCACAAAACUCCUCACUAGCGGAGCGGAUCCAAAUAAACAGAACUUACUAGGAAAUUCUCCGCUACAUUAUGCACAAGAUGCAGCAGCCCUUAAAUUGUUGCUGACUCAUAAAGCGGAUGUAAAACUCGAAAAUGCGCAUGGUGCUUCACCCUUGCAUGGAGUCACUUCAGCAACCAAAUCUAUGAUUAAAACCAUGAUCGAAUUAGGUGCCAGUAUCGAGCAGCGUACAAGAGAUGGAAAGACUCCGCUCUUAGAAGCUUGCGGGAGAAAUGAACUCGACGUUACGCAGGAACUUUUAGCGUGCGGAGCGGAUGUUAAUGCAAAAGAUUGGAAGGGGCGCACACUCAUUUUCCAGUCGAUACUUUCUGAUGGUUAUGAAACCUUGGAUUACGUAUUGUUACAUCCUGCGUUGGAUUGGCAGAUGGCAAUUAAGAUGGGAAGUUUCUACGCCCUCGUCGCGGUCUCCAGUUGCAAUGUACAAACUCUGCGAGUCAUGGAAAAACGAUGGAAGGGGAAGAUUGACAUCGAUAAAAAAAUUGGUGACAGAAGUGUCAGGGAACACGCUCAGCAGCGACGGGAUCAUAAUGAAUUCCGGCUGAAGAGAGGUUUUCGCAGCCCAGUGGCUGAUGCGGUGGCCUUGUACGAAGCGUUCAUGAAUAUGAUCCAUACGAUCAAUCAAAGGCAAGAACAGAGCUCUGACUCAGAAGAUGAAUUAUGGGAAGACGCAAGGGAGUACUAUACAGAGUCAUCUUGA